AUGUAGCCCCCCACCCCUUUGGAUGCUAUCGAGCUCGUAUAGGCUACGAAUGAGUAUUUUGAUGUCGUUUACGUUUUCAGAGGUUUCACAAAACAUCCUAUUAAUAUUGUUAUUGGCUGAAUUCAUUCUGGUUCAUAGUUGGAAAUAACAAAUAGCCUAGCCCUGAAAAUGAUUAUAUUGUAGGUCUACUGCCUGGCAGCUCAAAAACUUCAAUUCAACUCCCUAGGCUAAUUGCCAUUGACAGAAGGAUCUUGGUGAACGAGAUAACACCUUAGUAGGCCUACUUAAUGAUUUUUGGUGUUGUCCCUCUCUCAUUAAAUAUCUUAUUUAUUGAUAGUCUAUCCCUCAAUAGAAUGCCUCGGGAAAGGACUAGCAGCAGCCAGGCAGAGCACUCGUGGUUGUCAACAACAAGCCAGUAGCAGAGGAAAUGUGUGCCAACAGCUGGAAAGAGACAGUUUGUUUGGCGUUUCCCGUGCCUCGUAGACCACAUGACAGUGAUGGCACAACGUCAACCCACAGGUAAGUGUACAGUAAGGGUAUAGGUUGAAACAACAGAGGCAAACUGUGUAACACAGUAUCUGUCAUGUACUGCAUGUACUUCCCCUGUAAAUUCUAUUUGCACACACAUUACUUCCUUAGAAUGCAUAUAACCGCUCUGACAUCCUCUGCGCCUCUUUGAGUUCCGUCGUUAGGACCCAAGUUCUGUUCUAAUAAUAUUGAAAACAUUUUACCCUGAACCUUGACUUCCCAGGUUGAUAGGUGAGUUCUACUUUGACUUUGAGACAUAUUGUUAUUACUACAUCCAAAUAUGUAUUUCUACAAUAAUCAUAAUUGUAUACAUUUAAAAAAAAUAAAUUUCAGCAUAUCCAACCAGUAUUCAGUGGUGACAGGCUCAUGUGGGUGGGUUCUUUGCAAAAUGAUAGCAGCAUUUCCUCUUUACUAGGUCACAUCAAAAAAUGCGUAGGCAAUGAGAUUGAAUUUGUUUUUAUUAAAAUUUGUGUUUCUGAUGUUAAAGGUAAACAAACAUUUUGUGACUGAGCAUUUACACUGGAUCAUAGGUCCUUAAAACAUUGGCUACUCUGUUGGUGCACUACAGAGACAGUGUGAAGUGGAGAUAGAAUAUCUGGGGAUUGCAGCACCUGGAUGAUUGACUCAACGAUUAUGUGAUAUCAGAUAAACAGUCAGAAUAAUGGAGUAAGGGAUGUCUUUCCACCUCGUGUUUGACUUUUACCCAAUUAGGAUGAAGUCCAGGUUGUUUUACAUCAUGGUUCUGCUCACAGGAGGUCUCUCUAUGAACGAAGGAACCAAAUAUUCGUGCUCCAACUACACUCAAGUCGAUGUGGAUGGUGCAAGAUGCUGGAUGGAAGUUGUCAAUGAGCAGUUUAAGACGGAGAACCUCAGCACUAUUGUUAAAUCUGUGGAGAAACUAGAAAUGUUUCUUGAAAAUACAGCUUUGAAUAAGACGACUUCAAUCAUUGUUGAGAGGCUUGUGGCCCACAUAUUCAGGGCCGAGGACAACUUUACUGGGCUUAAUAUAUCUGCCAGCCAGGAACGGGUAACAUCAGACAGUGACCAUGUGGCCAACACUACGGUCAAGGUCCACCUGCCCAAAGAGCUCUUGAAAACCAACGAGAACAAUACCAUUGUCUUCUGCAUGAUUACCUCACCAGAAAAAUAUGGGCAAUUGGGGAUUCUUGAUGGCCGAAUAGUAGGUCUGGCUGUAAGCAAGAAGAGAGUGUCAGGUCUGAGGGACAAGGUCAACUUCUCCGUGCCUCUACAGCGCCCCACAUUGGAAAGUCAGGCUGACAAACAACCAUCUUGUCAAUUCUUCAAUUUUUCAACCAAUAAGUUCUACCGGGAUGGCUGCACCACAGAGUGGAAGAGAGACGAGGGCCGUGUGGUGUGCUCAUGUGACCACCUCACAUACUUUGCUGUGCUGAUGGUGUCUCCCUCCAUCUCUGAAAGCGAUCAGAAGAUCCUAAGCUACAUCACUCUGAUUGGCUGCAGUCUGUCGCUGUUCUUCCUGGUGGUCACAAUCGUUCUGUACGCCACUCAAAGAGGUAAAGGCACAGACAUCUCCCUGAAGGUGCAUAUCAACCUGUCUGUGGCCCUGAUCCUCCUCAACCUGCACUUCCUGCCCAGCCAGCAGGUAGCAGCAUUAUCCUCCUCAGGGCCAUGUAUCUAUGUUGCUGUCCUUCUGCAUUACUCUCUACUGGCCACCUUCACAUGGACAGCAAUCGAAGGCUUCCACCUUUACCUGUUGCUGGUCCGUGUCUUCAACAUCUAUGUCAGGAGAUACCUGCUCAAACUGAGCCUGGUAGGAUGGGGAUUCCCUGCUGUCAUUGUCAUCGUGAUUGCUAUCAUUGACAAAGACACAUACAGCCGUGUGACUCUUCAUCCCUCUAAGACCAAUGGCACAGCUGUGGAGAUGUGUUACCUCUCUAAUGAUGUGAUGAAGCUGGUGACCACGGUGGGUCUGUUUGGCCUGGUGUUUGUGUUUAACCUCGGUAUGCUGGCUGUGACUAUGAGGCGCCUCAUGUCUCUGCGCACUGAGCAGACGUCAAGGGAGAAGGGUAGGGCCCGGAGGGACACCUGCACUGUGCUGGGCAUCACCUGUCUGCUGGGCAUCACCUGGGGCAUCAUCUUCUUCUCCUUCGGCCAGCUUACCACGCCUGGCCUCUACCUUUUCUGUGUUCUCAACUCUCUACAAGGUUUUUUCAUCUUCCUCUGGUUUUGUGUGUUCAAAUGGAAGACUGAGGACAGCCAACCUGGCAGUGACACUCAAAUUACCAAUACCAGAUCUGCCUGAGGACAAAAGUCUGUUGUCAACCAAUCCAGCACUGUUGUUAUCGAUGUUCAUUUCAAACUUUAUUGAGAUUUUGUCUUUUGAGAAUACACCAGGUUCCUUCGAAAAUGUCUACAAACCACCCACUUGUUUUUUGCCAAUACAAUAGCAUGUCAUAUUGUUCUUUUUUCUUUUUGCGAUUGUUUAGUUAUGGAAUGAAGGAAGGUGUUUUCAGAACUCUUUUCAUAUGUGGUUUGUUCAAUUAUAAAUCAUGUCAGCCAACAGGAUCUGAUGUAAUGUGGUGAGAUCCUAUCCCUCACUAGUUGAUUAACCUGCAACAGAAGAUAAAUAAGUUGAACCUAAGCAGAACUGUAGCCUAUUCAUUGAUGCUUCGCUCGAGCAAGCUGAAGUUCAGACUAGAUUUGCAUAAAACAAAUGCAAUGCCAUCAGGUUCCUCUAAAGGUUACAUAUUAAAAUGUUGCAGUUAUAAAAUUUGACUAUGCACAGUCAUGAAAAAAAAACAGCUCCAAACAUUAGAAUAGACGUUUGUUAACGGCACAGUUGGAAAUACAAAUUGGAUGGGAGUUUACUGUGUUCAAUAAUUAUGUCUACAAAGCACACAGCGGUUUCACAGAUCAUUUGCUCACCCCACAAGGACAUCAAAUGUGAGUGAAAUCAACUCCUAGCAUGUAAGUAAGUGUAUGUGUUUGUGUGUCAGGAAUAUGAUUCCAUCCUAUUUUGUCAUUGUAAAGUUCAGCUAUUGUGUUGAUAAUGUUGUGUCAUUAUCUUACCUGAGUGAUGGCAGAAUGAUAUGUCUGGGAAUAAGCAGACAUCACUGUGUUGAUAACCAGAACGCAUGGCUAGGUUUUGUUAGUGCUGAAACAUUGUUGAAAACAAACAGAAUGUGUUAGGUAUACGUCGUGGCAUUAAGUAGUGUUCGCCUAGGUGUCAAGCUGAAAUGAAAUUCUCAGGCUGUAUAGUGCACUUUACUGAGUGUAAUGUUGAAUGAGUGGUAAGGGCUAUGACAGAAUGUUGGAAAUAAGGAUUGCUUUGUAAUGUAUGUUUUUGUCAUUCAUAUAUUGUACUGUUCUACCCUUAAAACAGCCACAAUGUUUCCUCUGCAUCUACUCCUACUGAUAUCUGGAACACUGGCUAUGAAUUGCUCAAAUUCAGGUACUAGCACACCUCGACUAACCGGUGCCUCCCGCACACUGACUCUGUACCGGUACCCCCUGUAUAUAGCCUCGCUAUUGUUAUUUUACUGCUGCCCUUUACUUAUUUGUUACUUUUAUUUCUUAUUCUUAUAUUUUUGUAGGUCUUUUUUAAAAUUAUUAUUAAAAACUGCAUUGUUUGUUAGGGCUUGUAAGUAAGCAUUUCACUGUCUUACAGGUCUUACACCUGUUGUAUUCGGCGCAUGUGACAAAUACAAUUUGAUUUGAUUUGA